GAAACAGCGGCCGGAACGUCGCUGCCGCCGCCGCUGUUUCCGGCGGUGCUGGUGCUGCGGGGCACGCGGGCGGAGCAUGGCGGCGCGCUGGGUUGUCCGCGGACUGCGAGGCGGGAAGGGGGGACGCCGGUUCAUCUCCAUACCAGCUGAUUUGCGACUGACAUCAGAUGAAGUUAUUCAGAUGCGUAAUGAACUCUUUACCAAAGAGAAAGAGAGGCAGUUGUCUCUUUAUCCACGAAUUGAGAAAAUUGAAGUGAAAUACACUGGGAAAUCGCAUCCAGGCACUGUGUUUGUAAUGAACAAAGCUUUGUCUACUCCAUACAAUUGUGCUAUGCACUUAAGUGAAUGGCAUUGCAAGAAAUCUGUUCUAGCUCUCGUGGAUGGUGAAGUCUGGGAUAUGUACAGACCCUUGACCAAAUCAUGUGAAAUUCAAUUCCUUACUUUCAAAGAUGAAGAUCCAGAGGAAGUAAAUAAGGCCUAUUGGCGUUCCUGCGCCAUGAUCAUGGCGUGCGUGUUAAAGCGGGCAUUCAAAGAUGAGUACUCAGUGAAUCUGAUUAAAGCUCCAGAAGUGCCAGUGAUCUCUGGAGCUUUCUGUUACGAUGUGAUUUUGGACAAUAGACUGAAUGACUGGAAACCAACAAACGACAACUUCCGUUCUCUUACAAGGGAUGCCAAAAAGCUAAUUCAUAAAGACCUGCCGUUUGAAACGCUGCAUGUUGAAGCAAAAGUAGCACGUGAAAUGUUUCAGCAUAACAGAUACAAAAUGGAGAUUAUAGAACAGAAAGCUUCUCAGAAUGCGGAAGGAAAUGUAACGUUACAUAGAUUUGGUGACUUUGUAGAUGUUAGUGAAGGCCCUCAUAUUCCAAGGACAAGUUUCUGUUUCCAGUAUGAGAUAACGGCAGCCCAUAAUCUUCAUACUAACCAAUCUGAAUUGAUAAGGAGAUUCCAGGGUGUGUCCCUGCCAGUCCAUUUAAAGGCUCACCACACCGUGUGGCGCAAACUGCUGGAAAGAUCGAAGAGGCUGGUCUCUGAUGAAAAGUAUUUGGAAGCAGCAGCAGAGGCAGAAGAUGGAAAUGAAGAAGAAAAACCUCUGUCAAUUUAAAUUAAUUUUACCUUCUGAAUGUAUAUAAUAAAAUGUGUGUUUUUACA